AUGGAGCAGGUGGAAGGAGAAAAAGACAAGAACGGGGAUUUAUUUGGUUAUUGUACAGGAGUUGCUGAAAACGAUGAAACAGCAACUACGGAAAGAAGAUUCCUCUCACCGUCUCCACGACUAGCGCAGCAAGAACGACAGCAAGGAGUUCUACAAAAGGAACGAAAGAGGAAAAUACUAGCCCAAGAUCAGAUCCGGAAGCACGUAUUCGCUGGUGCGCAUCUUUCAAACAAGGAGAUGAAGGAAGCAGGAGAUAUUUUUUCGCUUCGUUGGCGUAAUGCGAUGCGACUGCGGACCAAAUCAGAAUCCUUCAAAGAAGAGCAGCGAAGAUGGAGAGAGGAGGAACGGGGAGAAUUUAACCUGUUCCCACUUGGUGUUGGUGGAGUCCCUGAGCAAGAUGCUGGAGUUAGAGAGGAAUGCUUAUCAGAUUGGGAGCGCGCGUGGACCAUACAAGGGUUGAGUGAGCAAUACAGAGAAAACAGGGAAUGGUCAGCAGAAGAAUUUCGUCUCUAGACUACUUCUAGUUAAAUUGCAAUCAGCGUCCUUAAUGGUUAUAAUCCAAAAGCUGUAGUAAGUCAAAGACUUUAUCCAGCAUUUAUAAUGAAAAAUGGAAAAAGCUUAAGCUCUAAGACAAAAGUACCCACCAAAGAACUGAAAAAUGAGUAAAUGUACAUUAGGUUCUUUCUUGUUUCUUCGGAUACCAGAAAUUUGUCCACGACGGAGAAGUUCCAGAUCCUAGUAACGUGAUCGCGUC